AUGCAAGUAGAAGCAUGUGGUAAAGUUGCACUGCAAUCUCUUGAAGAGGGUGGCUUGAAUGAUCAAGAUAUUGAGCAGCUGCUUCUUGAGGCUGAGUCUCGACUGCAAACAUGUAAAGUUCAGCCGACGAGCACUCCGCAGGACCAAGCCAUUGGCCAAUCUGGAAAGCCCUUGUUGAACAUUCCGAAGUUAACAACGGACUCCUCAUUACAAUCUUAUAUUGCGCAGCGAGACGAUGUUGCCUUGGCUGAUACGAAACGCAUCAUCGAUCCGCUGCAAAUGAGUUUAUCUAAUAAGAGCUUGUCCACUCUUAAGACCCAGCAGGCUUCUGUCAACUCCUCAACACAUAAGGAAAAGCCAACCGCCGGUGCCGAUUGGUUCCAUCUUCCAAAGACAGAAUUGACAACAGAGCUCAAAAGAGAUCUUCAACUCAUCAGGAUGCGUUCUGUGUUAGAUCCCAAGAGGCAUUACAAGAAAGAAGGCGGCAAGGCACAGCCUCCAAAAUAUUCUCAGUUGGGAACAAUCAUCGAGGGUCCAACGGAAUUCUUCAGCGGUCGCAUUGCCAAGAAAGACCGCAAGAAGACCUUCGUUGAAGAUGCCUUAGCUUUGGAAUCGGAAACUAAACGCUUUGCUUCCAAAUACAGGGAGAUUCAAAAAUCGAAGCAAAGCGGCAAAAGAUCAUUCUACAGUAACCUUCGUGCGAAAAGAAACCGUCAAAAAAAAUAA